UGGCCCCCGCGCGCACGCCCCGCCCCCCUUUCCCCCUUCUUUUUUUUUUACUGCUAUUUGAACCCUCGCGCUUCCGCCAUCUUCCUCAGCCGAGGGAGAAAAGAGCGAGAGCGAAGACCGAGCGGAGAGAGGAAGAAAGAACGAAGCCUCGGCAAGACGCAGCAUGGCCGCCCCGCAAGGAGAACCCCAAGUCCAGUUUAAGCUUGUUUUGGUUGGUGAUGGUGGUACUGGUAAAACUACAUUUGUAAAGCGCCACUUGACUGGUGAAUUUGAGAAGAAAUAUGUAGCUACUCUGGGUGUUGAAGUCCAUCCUCUGGUGUUCCAUACUAACAGAGGUCCGAUUAAAUUUAAUGUGUGGGACACAGCUGGGCAAGAAAAAUUUGGGGGUCUGCGAGAUGGCUAUUACAUCCAAGCUCAAUGUGCCAUCAUAAUGUUUGAUGUGACAUCAAGAGUUACAUACAAGAACGUACCCAACUGGCAUAGAGAUCUGGUACGGGUGUGUGAGAACAUCCCCAUAGUUUUGUGUGGCAACAAAGUGGAUAUCAAGGACAGAAAAGUCAAAGCAAAAUCGAUUGUUUUUCACCGGAAGAAGAAUUUGCAGUAUUAUGAUAUUUCAGCCAAGAGUAACUACAACUUUGAGAAGCCUUUUCUCUGGCUGGCAAGAAAGCUGAUUGGAGAUCCCAACUUGGAAUUUGUUGCCAUGCCUGCUCUUGCACCACCUGAAGUUGUUAUGGAUCCAGCACUGGCAGCACAAUAUGAGCAGGAUUUACAGAUUGCUCAGACCACUGCACUGCCAGAUGAAGAUGAUGACCUGUAAGAUAGUGAAGCUGGAGCCCAGCAUCAGAAGUCUAGUUUUAUAGGCAACUGUUCUGUCAUGUCAGUGGUGCAGCGUGUUUGCCACUUUAUUAUUCUAGCUGAGCAUAACAUGUGCUUUAAUCUUUGGGAUGCUGAAAAAGAGAGAAUGGGCUUUGGAGUGAAUGUGGCAGUUUAAAUAAAAUUCCUUCAUUUUGGACCUGCAUAUUUAGCUGUUUUGGACUGCAAUUUGCUCUUAUUUGAGUUACAAAUCUAUUGCAGUCACGGCACAGUAUUCAGUGGUAAAACCUGUUUGUUACUGUCAUUCCCAUUCCUUUUCGUUUAGAUCAUAAUAAAGUUGUGUUUCAAAUAUUCAAUAAAGUGUCUCUUUGUCA